GUUGUCUUGUCUGACUCUACCUGUAAUUGUAACUUAAUGUGAAAUAAUUGUUUAAAGUAUAUGGGAAAUUGUUAAUUCUUCAUUCUUAUUUUAAUGGCCAUUUCAUUUCGUACGAUUCCGCCAGCGUACUUCACUUCAUUCCUUUAUAAUUGUGAUUCAUUCGUCUUGCAUAGUUUCGGUCAUAGUGUUCAGUGGUUUCAUUUCGUUGGUCACUUAAACCGAUUGAAAUUUAUUGUCCCGAAGUUAAUCAACUCCCGUUAUUUUAAAUGAUAUGUGGGUUUUGUUCGUUUUAGUCUACAUGAAUUUAUUAUUAGAUAUUCAAUUCAGUAUCUCUUACAACUCCAACUAAGCUAUUUUUUAUGAAGCAAGGCAACUACAUAAACAGUAGUGAUGUUCGGUUACAGUAAAGAAGCAGUUAGAGUGAAAGUCAAGAAGUGUGAAGGCAAGCUACAGCCAGAACUGAGGAAGUUUUCAGUAGACCCCCAAAUAACUUCACUGGAAGUAUUGCAAAGUAUUUUGGUGAAAGCAUUUGAUAUCAAAUCCGAUUUCACUCUAUCAUAUAGAAGUGUAGAUGACUAUGGCCAGGAGAUAUUUCUACCCCUCCUCUCUGAUUGGGAUUUGGAUGCAGCAUUUCUUAAGGCACAUAACAUAGCUCUAACUCAAAGAUGUGAACCAUGUGUCCAAUUAAAAGUCGAUAUGAAGCCAUUUUCAGAAGCUUCAGAGGACUGGGAACCCCCAAAUGUGAACCCAACUGUGCCUAUGAUAAAUCAGAACAUCAGAGAUCAGAAUCCGACAGUGGCACCCCCUGUGCAACAACCAGAGAAACAAGAUAUACAGACUGGCUUUCAAGGCUUAAUCAUGAACCAGGUUGAAAAAACAUUUAACAUGGUAUCAAGAGCGCUCAAUUUAUACGAAGAUCCUAAUACGCCUCCACGCGCGCCGCUUUGUGACAUUGAAUUCAGAGCUUUCCUAGAUACAGUUGGACAAAUAAACAACCCUGCUAAACUCCGCGAGGUCAUCUACUGCGGUGGUAUAGAACCCAGUCUCAGAAAAGUUGUCUGGAAACAUAUUCUUAAUGUUUAUCCUGAUGGCAUGACUGGAAAAGAAAGAAUGGAUUAUAUAAAAAAGAAAGCCAAUGAGUAUUACAGUCUUAGAGCUCGCUGGAAAGACUGUAUUCAAAAAGGAAUGGUAAAUGCUGAUCUGGCUUAUGUAACCGGAAUGGUUCGUAAAGAUGUUCUACGGACAGAUAGACACCACAACUUUUAUGCCGGUAGUGAUGACAAUCAAAAUAUUGCGUCUCUCUUCAAUAUACUAACAACAUAUGCAUUAAACCAUCCCACAGUAAGCUACUGUCAAGGUAUGUCAGAUCUCGCUUCGCCUUUAUUAGUGACAAUGGGUGAUGAAGCCCACGCAUAUAUUUGUUUAUGUGCUCUUAUGACUCGUUUGUAUCCUAACUUUUUAUUGGAUGGAGAAGCUAUGACUUUAAAAUUCACUCAUCUAACUGAAUCACUUCAAGUGUAUGAUCCUGACUUCUAUAAUUAUUUAAAAUCACAACAAGCGGACGAUUUAUUGUUUUGCUAUAGAUGGCUACUAUUAGAAAUGAAACGUGAAUUUGCUUUUGAUGACGCACUUAGGAUGCUCGAAGUUUUAUGGGCUUCGUUACCACAAAAGACUCCUGCUGCCGAACUGUCUCUAAAAGAAAGAGAUUUCGAUCCUACACUAGACGUCGAUGAUAAUCCUCCGCCCGCUAGUCCAUUGAUCAAAGCACCACGAGAAAAUGCUUAUACCAAAGUAUGUGCGAUAAGACGUCAAAGUUCCAGUUUUAGUUUAGCUAAUGUAAAAGCACCGAAACUAGCUACAUGCAAACAAAUGAACCACAGCCUAGACGAAAAUGCAACUCGAAAAAUUCUCACAAAUUCAUCACUUAAACAUGCUAAAGAAUUCCAGAGUCUAGAUGAUGCCGCUUUAACAGAAAAAUCGAAAUUAGAUAGAUAUGAAAAUAGUUGCGAUAAAAAUAAAGAAAACAUUGUAGCAAAGGACACUAAACUUCAUUUACGUCAAUCUAUGAAAAGUGUACCUGAAGAUGGCAAAGCCCCAGAAUCGCAAGAGCUCACCACAAUAGACUGUACAAAUACAGGUAAUUUAACAAAUGGCAUAUCACAUGCUAACAUUAAAGGUACACCAUUAGGAAGCCAAGUAAGAUUAUUACGAGAUAAAAUAUCUGUUCAUAACAAUAAAUUUUCCUGUUCGUUAGAUAAAUUAGAUGAUUCUUCUGAUACAUCUAAUCGCCCAAAAGUAAAAAUGAUAAAAAACCUGAACGAGUUCCUCAAUUUUGCUACUGGAAGCAAACCUAUUAUUAAAGAAAAGAUACACAGAACUCAUUCUGCUUUAGAAAAUAACUCCUUAGGGCAUCCUAAAAUAACAUUGACGAAAACGUCUUUUGAGGAAAAUGACUUAUUAUCAAUGACUGUAAAGGAUUUUAAACCAAAUAUGUUAAAUAAAAGUAUCUACUGCGACCCAAAUGAUGGCAGCAGCCCAGAUGAUUCACAAGAAUACUAUCCCAUGACUACAUCGAUGACAAGAGAAUUAAGACUAGAGUUGGAGCACUUGGAUCGUCAAGUAUUUGGUCCAUUCUAUGUUAACCGAUGCAGUAUGAUAUAUGAUUCUCCUUCUGAUUCUACUAGCUCAGAUGAAAAAAACACCAAUGAUUACACGGAAGUAAACAAAAGUAAAUUAGCAACCGAUACUUUGGAAACAAAUACCGAACCCACUGAAUUAAUAGAAUCGACAAAAAAAUCUCCCUUACUGGAGACAAUAAAAUCAAAUGCCAGAAGUGUGGAAGAUAUUUAUUUAUGGGAAAAUCCUUUGCAUAGGAACACUUCAACAACUCGCACAACAGCAAGUUGUCCACAAACUCCGGAUGAACAAGCAGAUCUAGAAUUUGAUGGUGAUACUGGUGAAAUAUUUGAAGAACAUUCUGGAAAAAAAUCGAUAACCCCAAUUAGAUUACUGAGAAAAAAUCAAUCAUUGGAACCCCAAGAUUUAUGUAAAGAAACUAAACAUUCCAAUACGCAUUCCAGUGAAUCGGAUUCUUCUGAUAAAACUCUACCAGAUACAUCUGACAGAGCACUCUCAAAAGUCCAACAAGAAACGGCCAGUUCUUCGAGAUCACAGAAGUUCUUUUCAAGUAUGUCACAGGAACUGGAAAAUGCAAAAAGAAAUUGCGAAUCUCUACUAAAUGCGAAACAAUCAAAUUUACACAGUGUUGCAUCAACAAUAAAUAAUUUCCAAAAGAAAUAUGAAGCCCUAAAACCACCACAAAAAAAUGUCACUGUAAAUUCCAGCAAUAAUGAGAAUAUACCCAAAUUUACGAUCAGCAGUCUUCCUCCACCUACAGUAUUUGGGGGAGGAAAUCCUUUUCUAAUGUUUCUUUGUUUAACUGUGCUAUUACAACAUAGAGAUUACAUUAUGAGGAACCGUAUGGACUAUAAUGAGUUAGCAAUGCAUUUUGACAAAAUGGUUAGAAAGCAUAAUGUAAACAGGGUACUGAACCAAGCGCGACAGAUGUUUGCUAUUUACAUGAAACAACAAGCUCAUAAGACUGGAGAUGUGACUACUUGAGUUACUAAGUAAUUAUAUAAGCUGUUGAGAUCUCCUAUAAUAAUUUAAUUGCUCAUAAGACUCUAUUUUAAUAGGUAGUUAACUAUUCAAUUUGUGUAUAAAACCAGUAGAAUAAGUGCAUAUUACUGUAACAAAAAAAAACUUUUUAAAACAUUCUCCCUUUAUCAGAUGUUGAUUGUUCAUAAACUUAUUAAAACAUUCAUACCUAAUUCUUGAAGCAAUACUUUUGAUUGAACUCGAUUAGCAACUCGUUAUUUAUAUUCUUUAAUUGCCUUGAGACGAACGCGCGAUAAAGUGCGUAAUUACGGGACACAGGAACUCUCUACUUAAACAAAAAUGCCAAUAUGCCGUCUGUUCCAUGAGACUUAUUGGCAUCAAGAAAUAGUGACUCCCACUAGACUCUACCUAGUGUUAUAACAUUCUACUUUAGGCAGUUAUAACUGCCCAAAGUAGAAUUUGAGGCAAAAAUAGUGCACACUAGAUCAAUUCGGUUGGCUUAC